GUGAAAGGUUAACGCAACCGGAAUCCAGUCCUGAACCGCCCAAUCGCGCUGUCGUUGUACCGGUCCAGGAGGAAGGGGGGCACACGAAGGGAGCGUGCGGGGUCUUUUGAAAAUCGGCUUCGGUUAUACCAUCACACGAAUAUCGGUGCCAGUUGCGCGCGUUCGUGAUUGUGGUACGGAGGUCUCGUUCGCCGGAGUCGUCACAUUUCGAGAUUUUUUCCCGCUCGAGCAAAUUUUUGGACUCUCCUCACAGGCGAUAUUUUCAAGGAGCAGUUAAAUCGUGAGAAAGAGUGAUUGCGUCACGAAGAGAGAUCUUUGACUCUAAAAAAAACGGCAGAACGGGAGGUACAGAGAAAAAAUAGAAAUAGAAAAGAAAAAAACAAAGUGAAAGAGAGAAAAAUAGAAAAAAAAGGACAAGUGUAUCUAGUGCGGAUUAUUCGCUUCAAACAACAUGGAACUUAAGGGUCUCAACGGCCGAUUAGCAUUCGCUAUCGCGGCAGCCGCUCUCGGUUCAUCGUUCCAACAUGGAUAUAAUACCGGUGUGGUUAAUGCACCUCAACAGCUUAUCGAAGACUGGAUCAAGGACCUGAAAACAAACCGCACGGGCGUUCCAACGGAAAAGACGGAGGUGACGUUGAUCUGGUCGUUGGCGGUAUCGAUAUUUUGCGUCGGUGGAAUGAUAGGGGGUUCCAUGGUGGGCUGGGUAGCGGAUCGCUUCGGCAGAAAGGGCGGUCUGCUGCUGAACAACAUCCUGGUCCUAUUGACCGUGAUCUUCGAAGGUAGCGCAAAGGCGGCGAAGAGCUACGAAAUGAUAAUCGUCGGCAGGUUUCUGAUCGGUAUAAACUCCGGGCUGAACGCUGGCCUGGCACCGAUGUACCUGGCUGAGAUCUCGCCCGUGCAUCUACGUGGCGCCGUGGGCACCGUCUACCAGCUAGUCAUCACCAUUUCGAUUCUGGUGUCGCAAGUCCUCGGUCUGGAGCAAGUCCUUGGUACCGCCGAGCAGUGGCCGCUGCUGCUAUGCCUGACGAUCGUACCGGCGUUCUUCCAGAUGUGCACGCUGCCUCUCUGUCCCGAGAGUCCCAAAUACUUGCUGCUCAAUCGCGGCAAGGACAUGGAUGCGCAAAGAGCGCUGUCUUGGUUACGUGGCACGAUCGAAGUUCACGACGAGAUGGAAGAAAUGCGAGCAGAGUACGAGUCGGUGAAACUCGUGCCGAAGGUCACUGUACGCGAACUCUUUGUCAAUCCAGCGCUUCGUAUUCCGUUAUUCAUCUCGAUCAUGAUUAUGUUCGCCCAGCAGCUAUCCGGCAUAAACGCCGUCAUGUUUUUCUCAACGAAGAUCUUUAGGAUGGCACAGCUCGACAAGCAUGCCGCUCAGAGCGCCACGAUGGGGGUCGGCGCUAUGAAUGUCUUAAUGACCAUCGUCUCUUUAGUGUUAGUAGAAAAGGCAGGCAGAAAAACGCUACUCUUGGUCGGAUUCUCCGGCAUGUUCGUGGAUACCGCUCUACUCGCCAUUUGUCUCGUAUUUGCUGAAACCUCUCGUGCGGCAGCAUAUUUGUCGAUUGUGCUUGUCAUCAUGUUCGUCGUCCUGUUCGCCACUGGACCAGGAAGUAUUCCGUGGUUCCUGGUGUCAGAAUUGUUCAAUCAAUCCGCCCGACCACCCGCUACCUCCAUCGCCAUCGCCGUCAACUGGACCGCAAACUUCAUCGUCAGCAUUGGCUUCCUGCCGCUUCAGGAGGUAAUGGGCGCUUACGUGUUCAUCAUCUUCGCGGCGCUGCAAUUGUUCUUCACGCUCUUCAUAUACAAGAAAGUGCCGGAAACGAAGAACAAGACUAUGGAGGAGAUUAGCAGUAUGUUUAGGCAAAUAUCGUACCAGUGAGGAGUACAAAAUGGAUAAAAUGUUUCGUCAAACACAAAAAAUCAGCAGGAAUGAAUACGAGGGCGUUCGUUGCUCUUUUUCUUUUUCUGUGUCAAAGAAUUCAAUGGUUUCGCGAAAAUGACACGCACUAUUAGCUGUUGUCUAUUAACGCGCUUCCAACAUUCUGUCCAUACGCAAUAUCAAAAUUCAUCGAAAAGAUAUACUCGAUGAAUAUAUAUGUAUGCAUAAUCAUGAUGUGUGCUACGAGGUAUUCGACGUAAUUACAUCCCGCAAUCGUGCCAAUUCGGAAAACUCUUUUGUUAUAUUACUCUACUGUUUUAGUCUUAUUUUUAAUUUCUUUAAUUCGGAAACUGUGUGCGUUCCAAAUCGACGCCCACGUCACAAAUAAUACGCACACGGUUUCGUCUUCGGGAUUUAAAUUGUAAACCUAACCUUAUAUAAUUAGUUCCUAUAUAUUGCGUCUAACGAGAAGAAAAAGCCGCAAGAAAAACAAUCGAAAUGACGCGAAACAGCUUAGGCAAAAAAAACAUGAUUCUUUCACGAAUUCUUUUCGAAUAAUGAUUUGUUCCUCACUUUAGGGACAAUAAUGUAUUACUUGCCAUUAUACCAUAUACUUGUAUGAAAGAUCGCAACUCUAGUCAUGAAAAGAUCUGUAGACGGAGUAUACCCACAUAAUAUACGGUUCUCUGACGAAAGUCCUAGGGACGUCCUUAUGACAUAGAUGUCCUUGAGAUAUCCCACGAAGAACUGUGUCGUACAGUUGUAAUCUUGGAAGGAUCUUAUACGCUGGCCGAUUUAUUUUUAUCAUCGAAUCUCCGAUUCAUUUUACAUCGACAGAUCCGUACCGCUUUUCGCUAAAUGAAUUUUUAAUGCGAUAUCACGUGAAAUAUACUGUAUUUUAAAGAAAUUAAUGAUCGAGUACAAUUUUAUAAAAUAACGGUUUUACAAUAGCGCGUAGGAAACUUGCGUUCCCUUUAUCGAAUUACAUAUUGCAUCGCGUUAUUGUAAAAGAAUUUGAAAACUGUUGUUAGAAAA